AUGACGGGCGGGUCAUCCGGGCUGGGCUGGCAGAGGACUUUCGCCUUACAAGAUAAAGUUGAAAGGAAGAAGACCGCAGGGUUCUUGGAAACACUCCCAGUACCAAGUCGGGCCUUGGGAGAGUUUCCCCUUAGAUUGAAUCUCAAGCCUUCCGAAGGUGGGGGACAACAGUUGUAUUCUGGUGGUUUGGGGAUAGACUCUCAAAAUAUGCAACCUUUAUCCCCACUCCAAAAGCUGUUCCGCCAAAAAGACUGCUGGAUUGACUCAAGAUUCACAGGAACCUUCUGGGAUCUAAAUGAAAGAUCUCCUCUAGCUAUCACCCACAAACUGAUGGCCAAGACAGAGCAGUUUAAUGUUCUCCUUGAAGAGUCUUUGCGACAUUUCGUUAAUGCCAACCGGUACGAAGGAAAGAGUCCCCAGGCCUUCAAUUUCACCAAGGAGUGGAGGCAAAAUGCAGACAUUGCUCGAGCUUAUCUUGAGAAAGCCCCAAAGCGCAUGAAGAAGUGGGCAGACAUGGGCCUCCAGAAUUUAAGAUUCCUCGGAAAUCAAGACAAAAGACUCAUCCGCAAGUAUGAAGGGCCAGUUUCCAGUCAUAGAGUGGGCAAAGCUUCAUACAAGAUUGAUCCACCAGAUUGGUGGAAAGUCCACCCAGUGUUUCAUGUCAGUUUUCUCAAGCCAUAG